AUGAUACCCGUCCUCGCUGUGGCGUCCACCGCUGUGGUGCUCGCGGCCAUCCCCGUCGCCGCUCAAGGCUGGCAGCUGGACCUGCCCCCUCGCCCCAACGUCGUCUUUGAUGAGACGUUCUACCCCAACGACGGCAUCUUCCACCUCAAGUCGGACAUGGUCACCAAUUGCAUUGGUGGCCAGGGCGACUCGGCCUGCACCGCCGUCGGCUCGUACGGCGCCGCACUCGGCCUCAACUUCCUCGGCUCAUCAGUCAAGGUCAACGGCGCCGCCUCCAACUCGAACGCCUCCGAGCCUCGCCCAGUCGGCUCAUUCAGCCUCUACGACGGCAUGUUCCCCGUCCCUGGUGACCAGCAAGUGCAUGUCGGCCAGGGAGUCCUCGCCGCUCGUGAGGGUCUCGCUCCCAAGCCGUACCGCGGUAGCAUGAACAUCUACUGGGCUUCAGACGUCAAGGUCGCUAGCGUCUCGGUCUCGACCGGCAUGUACGUCAACGACCCCAACGCCAAGAAGGAGACGGUUCAGUCCGAGACUAUCCCCGCCAUCCAGGGCUCGGGUCUCCACCCGUUCUACCAGCUCGAUGGUUCCAAGUGGAAGGCCAACGGUAGUGGCAAUGACUCGUUCGCCGCCGGCUCUGGCAACGCCAUGGUCCGCGUCAACGUUCCUCAGAACACAACCUACGUCAAGGUGCGCGGCCUCACUGGCCCGGAAGCCGGCCCGCUCACCAUGUCCCUGCGUACCCGUGAGGGCACCACCAAGCCCGACCUGGCGUCUGGCAACGCAACCCUCGCGUCCCACCCCCAGCGCGCUUCGACCACGGGCUCGACGCUCUUUGCGCUCCCGCUCGAUCCAACAAAGACCUACUACUUUGAGGUCCAGGCAGACUCGGGCAACUUCUACCUGCGUGAUAUGACCUUCUGGAGCUCUCUACCCAAGGGCAGCUCUCCCGGCAGCGCGGGCGGUGGCGCUAACAGCGUCUUUGGAGCCGCCUCCAUCACUGCCCCGGCGAACUUUGCUGUGCUGUUCGCAUCGUUCCUUGUAUACUCUCUCCUUUGA